AUGGCCUGCCUGGGUUCCCUCCUCCCCUUGGGCUUCCUCCUCCUCCUCCUCCUCCUCACCAGCACCGUGGCCCGGGGGGAGUACGGCGUGGCCCACGUGGUGUCCGGGAAGUGGAGCAAGGACUACUGCAUCCUGUUCAGCUCCGACUACGUCAACCUGCCCCGGGACGCCCGCCACGCCCCGCUGCUGCCCCUGCACGACGGCACCGCGGCACCCUGGUGCCCGGGAGAGGGCGCCUUCCACCAGCUCGCGCCCCGCGCCCCCGACGCCCGGCCGCGCCGCCACACCGCCAUGGUCAUGAGGGGCAACUGCAGCUUCUACGCCAAGGGCUGGCUGGCGCAGGGCCGGGGCGCCCUCGGGCUGCUCAUCGUGAGCCGGGCCAGCGACCAGCAGUGCUCCGACACCACCCCGGCGUCCCCGGACCCCCGCCAGCCCCUGCCAGACCUCUCCAUCCCCGUGGCCGUGCUGCGCUACACCGACAUGCUGGACAUCCUCAGCCACACCCGCGGCACCCGCGCGGUCCGCGUGGCCAUGUACGCGCCCCCGGAGCCCCUCCUCGACUACAACCUGGUGGUCAUCUUCAUCCUGGCCGUCGGCACCGUGGCCGUGGGUGGUUAUUGGGCCGGCCUGACCGAGGCCGACCGGCUGCAGCGGCGCCGGGCCCGCGGAGGAGGAGGGCCGGGCGGGCGCAAUCCGCCGGAGCCAGCGGCCGUCGAGGCGGCGAGGCGGGAAGACGACGAGGAGGUCCUGGUGGACUUCACGCCAGCCAUGACGGGCACAGUGGUCACCCUGUCCUGCUCCAUCAUGCUGCUGCUCUACUUCUUCUACGACUGCUUCGUCUACGUCAUGAUCGGCAUCUUCGGCCUGGGCGCGGGCACCGGCCUCUACAGCUGCCUGGCCCCGCUGGUGCGUCCCCUGCCUCCGCGGCAGUGCCGCUGGCCUCUGCCCGGCUGCCGGGCCUGGCUGCAUCUGCCCCUGCUGCUGCUGGCCGGCCUGUGCGCCGCGGUCACUGCCCUCUGGGUGGCCUACCGCAACGAGGACCGCUGGGCGUGGCUCCUGCAGGACAUGCUGGGGGUGGCCUACUGCCUGUUCGUCCUGCGGCGCGUGCGCCUGCCCACCCUCAAGAACUGCACCUCCUUCCUGCUGGCGCUGCUGACCUUUGACGUCUUCUUCGUCUUCGUCACGCCCCUCCUCACCAGGACUGGCGAGAGCAUCAUGGUGGAGGUGGCCUCAGGCCCAGCGGAUUCCUUGAGCCUCGAGAGGCUGCCCAUGGUCCUCAAAGUGCCCCGGAUGGGCUUCUCGGCCUUGACCCUGUGUGACCAGCCCUUCUCCAUCCUCGGCUUCGGUGACAUCGUGGUCCCCGGCUUCCUGGUGGCCUAUUGUCACCGCUUUGAUGUCCAAGUCCGCUCGUGCCAUGUCUACUUCGUGGCCUGCACUGUGGCCUAUGCCGUGGGCCUGCUGGUCACGUUUAUCGCCAUGAUGCUCAUGCAGAUGGGCCAGCCCGCCCUGCUCUACUUGGUGUCUUGCACCCUGCUCACCAGCCUGGCCAUGGCCGCCUGCCGCCAGGAGCUAACCCUCUUCUGGACGGGCCAGGGCACAGCCAUGUCGCCUGCUUGGCCCAGGGAAGGGCUCUGCAGUGCCCCUCCUGCCGGCUCUGAACGGAAGCAGGAGGAUGCAGCAGACAGCCAGGCGGCCAGCAAGUCCGAGGGGGCUGCAGGCCAAGGGGCAGGGGACCUGGACAGCCGCCCAGGGGAGGAGGCCGCCGAGACUGUCACCGUCUCUGAGGAUGAGGCCACCGGGCUGGAUGGCCCCAGUGACAGCUCCGAGGGCUGGAGUGAUGCCAACCUGGAUCCUGAUGAGCUGCCCUCCGUCUCACCUGGGGACUCUGAGGAGGUGGUGCCGCUGACGCCAAUGGCGAUGCUGAUCCCGCGGGUGUCGCAGAUUCCGCCGCCCUCAGAACUGGGCCACACCCAGGCCCAUGACGCCAGCCUGCACUGGGUGGGGCUCCACAAGAGGAAGGGCUUGAGGGUAAAGAAGAGCCUGUCCACCCAGGCUCCCCUGUGA